AUGGGCGACGUUUGCGAGUCUUACUACCCGUCUGAUGAACACCACAGGCGUUUUUGGGAUGGCCAAAGCAACAAGGACGAGUGUGGAGCGAAUGUCCCUGAUGGCUUCCCAAAGGCCUUGAACUCAACACUGGCUUGGAGAGGCGAAGACAUCCAAGACAAAGAGACUCAGUGGAAGGUGAAGCUCUCUGACCAAGACAUUGCUUCCAUUUGUAACGCCGUGAGAGCCUUUGACGAGAACUCCCAUGAUCUUACCCAGAUUUCUACCACCACCUUCCCACUCCCCAUCGAUCUAUCGCGACGUUUGAGGCAUCUCUCGAAUAAUAUCUAUAACGGAACUGGGUUCCAGAUACUCAGUGGCCUAGACCCAUCAGAGUAUUCUGCCAGACAGAACGUUCUUCUACAUGCGGGCAUCAGUGCUCAUAUCUGCCCAGAGCGAGGUUUCGUGGACGUUUUUGCCAAGCGGCCCGUUGGUCAUGUAGUCAAUGUUCUAAAUGGCAGUGAUGGGCCAGCAUCCAUGGCUCCAGCAUUUAGUGAUGGCCCCCUGUCAUUCCAUACGGACCAUUGCGAGGUACUCUCAUUUUACUACCAAGAGAUGUCUCCAAAAGGCGGGCAAACAAUCUUGAGUAGCUCAUGGCAAGCCUACAAUGAGCUAGCCGCGCACUCUCCCGAAGUACUCCAUACGCUCGCUGAGCCAUGGGUGCUGGACUCAUUCAAAUCUUAUUCAUUGCAACCGCCACGAAAGGUGUGCUUCCUCUCCAAUUUAGGCCCUAAGAAUAUGCCACCGGUGCUCUUCCGAUAUUCUCGCUAUCCUAUCCUCGGUUGGCAGCGUAAGCGAAACUCAGAGCUACCAGCACCAAGCCAGAAGCAGAUGAGAGCUUUGGACGCUGUCCAGUUCAUCGCACAAAAGAACGCCAUGUCCUUGCCAAUUGCUCGGGGUGACAUGAUCUUCAUCAACGACUUGGCAGUCUUUCAUGCUCGCGGCAAGUUCAAGGACGGUGACGCAAGUAUGAAGAGGCACCUCCUCAAGAUGUAUCUUCGUGAUCCCGAACAGGGUUGGACGGUGCCUCAGUCUCUUCAGGAGACUUUCGGGGCGAGAUACACUCGUAAGCCUGGCGACCUUAGUCCAGAGAUCUGGGACAUUGACCACGAACCUGGUUUGGAAGAGCUUUCAUUUGUCAAUGGUUAG